AUGUCGGCUUCCAGGACUGAGCAGCAGGCUUCGGGGGCAGCAGGAGGAGGAAACAGCGGACUCACAGCUCAGCCGGCCGCUGUACCAUGAAGAAGAAGCUGCAGUGAGCUGCUGUCAACGCUGAGAACAUGAACCGAGUCCUGAGCCGGGCGACCGUGAAGGCUGCCGCCGCCGCCGCGAAGCCCUCACUGCUGGUAAAGGACGUUACAGCCCGACAGCUGCACAGCUCCUAUGACGUUGCCGUGGUCGGAGGCGGCAUCGUGGGUUUGGCCACAGCCAGAGAGCUCAUUCUGAGACACCCGACGCUUAGCUUCGUCCUGCUGGAGAAGGAAAAGGAGCUCUCUGUACACCAGAGUGGGCACAACAGUGGCGUCAUUCACAGCGGGAUCUACUACACUCCGGGUUCGCUGAAGGCCCGUCUGUGUGUGCGAGGAGCCACUUUAGCCUACGAGUACUGCGAGAAGAAAGGACUCCCUUACAAGAGAUGUGGAAAGCUCAUCGUGGCUGUGGAGCAGGAGGAGAUUCCCCGGCUAAAAGCUCUGUACGAGCGCGGCCUGCAGAACAACGUGCGCGACCUCAGCAUCGUCGACGCCAAGGGCAUCCGAGAGCGAGAGCCGUACUGCAGGGGGAUCAUGGCCUUGGAUUCGCCCUACACUGGCAUCGUAGACUGGAGGAUGGUGGCGCUUCAGUACGGCACAGACUUCCAGGAGGCAGGCGGCACGGUGGUAACCGAAUACGAGGUCGAUGACAUCUCCAUGGUGAAGGAGAGUCCAGCUGGGAGCACUGACGGAAUGAAAUACCCAAUCGCACUCAGAGACAAACAGGGUAACGAGGUGCGGUGUCGGUACGUCCUGACCUGUGGAGGCCUGUACUCAGACCGUCUGUCACAGAUAUCUGGAUGCAGUCGGGAGCCUCGAAUCGUGCCCUUCAGAGGAGACUAUCUGGUCCUGAAGCCUGAGAAACACUAUCUGGUCAAAGGGAACAUCUACCCUGUUCCUGACCCCCGUUUCCCGUUCCUCGGCGUUCACUUCACCCCGAGGAUGGAUGGAAGCAUCUGGCUCGGCCCCAACGCUGUGCUCGCCUUCAAAAGAGAAGGUUACAAAGUGUACGACUUCAACGCCCGAGACCUCGCAGACGCUCUCUCAUUCAGAGGCCUUCAGAAGCUCGUACUGAGGAACAUGACGUACGGGAUGGGAGAAAUGUACAGAGGGAUUUUCAUUGGUGCACAGGUUAAAAUCCUGCAGAAGUACAUCCCUGAACUCUCCCUGAGCGACGUGCUCAGAGGCCCUGCAGGAGUCCGAGCUCAGGCCCUCGACCGUGACGGAAACCUGGUGGACGACUUUGUGUUUGACGGCGGUGUCGGCGACGUGGCCAGCCGGGUGCUACACGUGAGAAAUGCUCCGUCGCCGGCGGCAACCUCCUCCCUCGCCAUCGGUGAAAUGAUUGCGGACGAGGUGGAGAGUCGCUUCAGGCUGUAGAGAUCACAGACGAGAAACCAAAAAACAGAAAAACUACCAUGUGGAAACUACAACGUUGCAUCAAGCUCCCUCGGCAUCACCAACACUUUUUUAAAAUUAUCAAACAUCAGGCCUUAAUUCAACAGGAGGAGGCGACAUAACAUCGUCUAAUUACAUAUUUAAGACAGUUUUGACUUCAGCGGUGCUAUUUCUGAUGCAUAACAUGUUUACUCCACCACAUUUCACAGUGAAACUUGAUUUUUAUGCACUACAUUUCUGUCUAAACAUAAAGUACAUCACAGGAUAUUCUGUGUGAAAGUACAACUAUGAACUUCAAUGACAUUUUCAUCAGUUUGGGACAUUAAAAUCAGAAUAUUGAACCACGCAAACAUAAUAUACUGAAUGUGAACUUGCAUUUUAAAUGAAGCAUUCUUGGUCCUGAUUUUUAUCUUUUAUUUUUAAAUUGUUCAGCCACUGAGAGCAGUUUGUCAUCUCAAUAUUGUCUAGUUUGACUCCCACAAUGCUGGAAAUCCAUAUUUUUGGGGGGAAAAACUUAAGUUUUUAGACAGUAUUUAAAAACAAAUAGUUUAUACAGCCCUUACAUUAUAUCAUUAAUUAUGUUUUGGGGUUUUUUCUCCAUGAACUUGGGGAUCUCUGGGUAAUGAAACUCGUCAUGUAAUGCACAUUUGUCGCUACAAAACGCACAAUUAUCUAAGAAAGACGGGUUAUUCUACAAAUUAUAUCAAGACUAAAUAGUUUAGUCUUGUAUUUACAUUAAGACAAAUUUGUGGAGCAACGAUUUUUUGUAAUUUUUUGCUCUAAUUUUCUCUUUUUUUAUUGCUUCAGAGGCUUCAAUUGUUCAGAUAACGUUCCCAUAAAAUGAGUCUCUUGUUGUUAUUUCGUCCCAUUUAUUGACAGAUGAAUGUUAAAGUAUUUUUUUUCCAUAAAUAUAUAUUUUUAAAUAGAAUGCAGUAACAUUAGUGCAUUGUGCCAUAUGAUUUUUGGACUUGUAUGUUCAUCUAGUGUAGUAAUGCAGAUAUUUGGCACAACUGCAAAUAUCCAAAGAGCAGGGAGGAAGGAAAUAGUCUGGAAAAAAAUCUACUUUAAAAUCACUGUUAAUGUUUUUAAAGUUGUUUUUUUUUUACACUACAAGUUUU